CAUCAUGGAUGUAAAUAAACACAAAAAUCGUCCUGCAUUCCGAUAAUCUGUAAUCUAUCGCGGUUAUCAGUCCAAAAAAGAGGCACAAUUACAACAUUCCAGAGCACCAACCGACUCGCACGAUCAUGUCUGAGGAAAUCUCCGACAGUGAAAGUCAGGACAUCCAGGACCAUAACGAAACAGUCAGGGCACUAUCGGCUGGAUUGUUGCAGAUCUACGAGCCUAAGCUAAAGGAAGUUAAGGAAAAUUUGAAGGAACUAAUAAACAAACAGAAUGAUCUACAAAUAGCUAUGACCAGUGAAAAGAAUGCUUUCUCCAGUCGGCAGAUACAGGAAGUGAACGAAAUGGUGCUGAAAACCAAAGCGUACAAAGAUAAGGUUUCACGCAUUAAAAUGCAGAUGCACCAAAUCCAUCAACGGACAAAGAAUCUCAGGUCGAAAGCGUUGGAAAUUCAGGAACUAAAAGUAAACCAAUGCGCAACAAAGCUGCAACAGUUGCAUUACGAGGAAUCGUUGGUGGCAAACAGUAAAAGAACACCGCGAAAAUCAUAAUCGCCUGCUCCAAAAUGGGAUGAUGCUCAAAGCAGUAGGAGAAACCUCGUGCUAACAGGACCCCCCCACACCCGUUGGCCAUCAAAUCGCAUUUAAUUGUUCUUUAAAUACAGGCCGCUGGGACUAUUGUCCCAUCGGUAGGAUUAAAGACAGAAGUGUAAAACGACAGCUGUCUUCUUAACGAAGCAAUCUUAACAAUUACAAAAAAGCAACGUGGAAUGGAACGAAUAGUGAGAGUUAUUUGAAAGCGCUAAACAUUUUAGCAGUUUCAUUCGAAACGAGUGUAAACCGUGCCUGAAGGAAUCGCUGUGGCCCAUCGCUGUUGGAGACUGUGCGUGUGUGUGAUUAUGUGCAUGUGUGUACCAUAUUGCCAAAAGCAAAAUCAGAGACGUCUCCAAUAUUUUAACUUCCCCGAAAAUGGAAAUAUGUUUUUCGCCGAGGGUGCUGUCCCGGCUGGUACACACUACGCAUACAUCAUAGCGAACGGAAACAAUCAAAUAAAAUAAACAUUUAAUCAAACGUA